AUGGCUUCUCUUGGUGGUAACAUUUCGCCCCCUGAGAGCAUGAUCAGCCCCCAAAUCUUUGUUGCUGGCCUUGCCGGUGUGGUAUUCUUCACCAUUGGCUUUUACCAGCUUUCAGGCAAGCCUUCUCAGGAUGGCGACGACGACGAGCCCAGCAUCGUCAAGUCGAUUCUGCUGUUCUGUUACUCUUGCUUUCUCAAACCGCACCCGGACGCCACUAAGGGCGGUCAGCAGGGUGCCCUAGAGUCGUUUUACGCUGGCCAGGCUGGCGCUUACGAUGUGACUAGGAAGGCGCUUCUCAAGGGCCGCGAAGACAUGCUGGCGCUCGCUGCGUCUCAGCUCCGCUUCAAGGCCGAGAAGAACGAAAAUGGCGCUGAAAAGAAGCGCAUUUGGGUUGAUGUUGGCGGCGGAACUGGCUGGAACAUUGAAGCCAUGUCCGAGUUCGUCAACGUCCCCGAGUUCUUCACCAGCGUCUACCUGGUCGACUUCUCGCCCUCGCUUUGCGAGGUGGCCCGCAAACGUUUUGCCCGGCUUGGCUGGUCAAACGUGAAGGUCAUCUGUAUGGACGCGCGGAAGUUCCGUCUCGAGGACUAUGAGAAUGGUUCCUCGAGAGGAGGCCCGUCCAGCCCCGCCCAACGAUCCAGGAGCUAUUUCGAGCCCCGACCAGAUCACGGCGGCGCUGACCUGGUCACCAUGUCGUACAGCUUGUCAAUGAUUCCCGACUACUACUCCGUCAUUGAUUCGCUCACCUCGCUUCUCUCGCACGAUGGCCUCAUGGGUGUCGUUGACUUUUACGUCCAGUCCAAGGUGGAUGUGAGCUUCCGCAACCACACCGGGGGUAUGGUCGGUCGUCACGUCAACUAUGUCGGCCGCACGUUUUGGCGCGCUUGGUUCGAUCUCGACCGUGUUUCGCUCGAGCCCGGUCGCCGGGACUACCUGGAGUACCGCCUAGGCACUGUCCUCACGGCCAACCUGCGGAACAGUACCCUGGGCUCCAUCCCGUACUACAUCUGGCUAGGGUGCCACAAGAAGCCCUUUUCCUCGUCCAGCCUGCCCCACGAGAUUGUUGAGCGCAUCGACGCGCUCGCCACGGAGUCUCCUUACCUUUUCCCCUCCAACAAGCCCAAGGGAUCGGACGCUUUGACUCGCGCGGUCGAGAGGACCGCCCCGGAGCUCCGGUCCAAGGCGUUUGACGCUGCGGUUGGAAACCUGUCCGCCAACUUGCCCCUGCCCUCGUUCUUCUACCAGAAUCACCACUGGCGCAUUUACUACGACGACCAGCUCGAGAAGCACACCCAGUUCAACGACGAGUACAUCUACGCUUUCACGUGGGAAGACUCUAAAGUGGACGCCUCUCUCCUGAAGCUCGGCCCAGACGACGUCGUGCUCGCCAUCACCAGCGCCGGCGACAACAUCCUCUCUUACGCCAUGCAGAGCCCCGCGCGGAUCCACGCCAUUGACCUCAACCCGAGCCAGAACCACUUGCUGGAGCUCAAGGUGGCCUCCUACACCGCACUUCCCUACGAGGACUUCUGGAAGAUCUUUGGCGAGGGCAAGCACGCCGACUUCCGGUCGUUGCUCCUGAACAAGCUUUCCCCCCACCUCUCCAGCCGAGCGUUCCAGUACUGGCUCGACAACGCUAGCAUCUUCACCAAGGCCAGCGGCCGCGGUCUUUACGACACGGGUGGUAGCAAGCACGCGAUUCGGGCCUUCCGAUGGAUCUCGCGCAUCUUUGCGUGCCGCCAGGCCGUCCAACAACUCCUUGCGGCCAAGACUCUUCCCGAGCAGCGCGAGAUCUGGCACUCCAAGAUCCGCCCGGCCCUGCUCAGCCCGCUAGUGAGCAACAUCGUGGUCAGCUCCGAGGCGUUCCUCUGGGCGGCUCUCGGCGUCCCCAAGAACCAGCUCGCCAUGAUCGAGGCCGACCACGCCGACAGCCAGGCCGUCAAGGGCCCCAACCCCACCGCCAAAAACACCCGCGCCCACGCCAUCUGGCACUACAUGGUCAACACCCUCGACCCGGUCAUUGAGACAACCCACAUCGCCAGCGACAACCCGUACUACUACGUCUGCCUGACCGGCGACUUCUCGCCCGAGUGCCACCCAGAGUACCUCUCCCCCAAGGCGCAUUCCAUCCUGAGCCAGCCGGGUGCGCUGGACGGCCUGCGCAUCCACACGGACGAGAUCGAUGAGGUCAUCGCGCGCAUCACGCCGGGCACGCUCACGGUGGCUGUCGUGAUGGACAGCAUGGAUUGGUUCACGACGGCACCCUCGGCGGGUACCGCAGCGGCCCAGAUCCGCAAGCUGAACCGCGCGCUCCGCAUGGGUGGUCGUGUGCUGCUGCGCAGUUCGGCCCGCAAGCCGUGGUACAUUCGCGAGUUUGAGGCGCACGGGUUUGUUGGCAAGCAGGUGGGUGAUCGUGAGCCCGGGCGGUGCAUUGAUCGGGUGAACAUGUAUGCUAGCUGCUGGAUCUGUGAGAAGGUUGAGAACCUGCCGCCGCCGACCCCGGAGUUUGAGGGCGAGGUGGGACAGGGGCUGGGUGAGGACUUUUCGCCGCUGUAA